AAGGCGCUUGUGGAGAGGAGGGAAUCGAAGGGGGCAGUACUUGCUAUCUCGUCGAUCGGAGGCUUCCCAGCUCGUCUUGUUUCCUGCAAUUCUUGUGGAGGUGAGAGGAAUAUCCAGCUAAACCGUUCGAUUGGUCCUAUUCGAUCUUCUCCGAGGUUUACGCUGGUUUAUUGUUGAUUCUUUCGGGACUUUGUAUGGAUUUGGGGUUUGGAGGAGGUAGGUUUUGCUGUUUCACUGUGGACAGGGGUUAGGGAAAUUUUCCGGGGAAUUUUUUUGGCGGGUGUUCUGGCGGCGGGUUCCCGGAUGGAGGCGGAGAUCGGUGGCGGGAGCGGCAGGUUCUGCGCGGGUGGCGUGCCGGGGUUUCUUGUGAAGGGAAAGGGUUUGGUGCAGAGCCGGGAGUGGGAGGUGGGCGAUUGGCGGUGGGACGGGGAUCUGUUCGUCGCUAGACCCUUGAGCGGGGUUCCGGCCGGUCGGCAGUUUUUGCCAGUGUCGGGCGGCGAGGGAUCCUCGGAAGGUUCGGAUGAGGGCAAGGGCGAGGUGGAGAAGCGGCGAAGGUUUCAGGAGGUGGAGGGAGGUGGAUUUCUGGCCUUGAAACUGGGGGAGCAACGCGAACGGGGUGGAUGGCAGGAACUGCAAGAGAUCGGAGGUGCAGGGAGGGGGAACGGGAACGUCUUCGUCGGCGGGACGGUCGGCAUGUCAGGGCAAAGGUUGCAGGGUCGAUCUCAGCAGCGCCAAGGACUACCAUCGUCGCCAUAAGGUCUGUGAGGUACACGUUAAAGCGAGCAUGGUGCGCGUUGGCGGGAUUGUGCAGAGGUUUUGUCAGCAGUGUAGCAGGUUCGGGCUUGGCCAGUUCCUUUUUGUUUCCCUUAAUCGAUUUCGAUUUGUAGGAAGGAGCACCUUAUAUCCUGUUACAUUGCAAUUACCAAACAGAAUCCGUCUCAACUUCUGAUCUA